AUGGAAUUGAAGCAUGAUACGACUCGCGACGAGUUGGAGCGCGAGCUCCAUACAGAAAUCUACCCCGGCACGGAGAUCAUGACAGAUGUCGGCACCCACCACUUUGUCAAGUCGUCCACCCAUCCCGAUCGCGUCCUCGUUCCUCAGCCAUCCAAUGAUCCGCAUGAUCCCCUCAACUGGAGCAGAAUGCGCAAGCUCGUGGUCAUGUCCAUCGCAACCGCAGUCAGCUUCAGCCAGGGCCUCGGACCCCUCGCUCUCGCCCCCAUGUUCCCGCAACUGAUGGAAUCGUUUGAUGCCGACCUCGCGGCGGUCGUCAAGUUCACCGGUGUCUGCAUCUUGGUCUUGGGGUUCAGUAACUUCUUCUGGAUCCCCAUCCAAACGACAUUCGGUCGUCGCCCUGUCCUCAUCUUCUCGACGCUCAUCUGCGUCGUCAGCAACAUCUGGCGCGCGACCGCAAAGUCGUAUGGGAGCUAUAUGGGAGCGUGUGUGCUGAACGGGUUCGGGGCUGGACCGGCUGAGACAUCUCAACCAGAGAUCAUCGCCGACGUCCUCUUCCUGCACGAGCGAGGCGCGUACAACACCCUCUACUUCACCGCGUACUUUGGCUCUCUCAUGGUUGGGCCCAUCAUUGCCGGCCCGAUGGCCGAGCACGUUGGCUGGAGGCACUUCUUCUGGUUCAACACGGCCCUCUUGGCUGUCGUGCUCAUCCUCGUCAUCUUCUUCUUCCCCGAGACCAAGUGGACUCGCCUUCCAGCGACCGAAGCGAGAUCCGUCGAAACUACUAGUACCCCUGACACCAAGGCGUCCGCAGAAAAGCCCACCGAAACCUUCGAGGAGAACGCCUCCCCCAGCGACCCCGAGACCCAAAGCACCAAUCAACCCUCAAGCUCCCUCGUCGGCAGCGGCACCCCUUCAAAGUCCCAAUUCGCGCUGUACCACCUCCCCAAGGAAUCUUCCACCCUGCGCACCCUCGCGGUGGCAUUCUACAUCCCCUGGAAACUGCACCUCUUCCCGAUAAUCCAGCUCGCAGCCUUCGUCGUCUCCUGGUCCGCAAGCGUCUUCCUGACGCUAAACCUCACGCAAAGUCAAGCGUUCGCGGCGCCCCCGUAUAACUUCUCGAGCCAGACGAUUGGAUUCUUCAAUUUCGCGAUUCUGGUUGGGGCACUAAUUGGGCUAUUCACGAACGGGCCGUUGAGCGAUUGGAUUUCGAUGAGGGCGACGCUGAAGAAUCGCGGGGUUAGAGAGCCCGAGAUGAGGUUGCCCUCUAUGAUUCCGUAUCUGAUUGUUUGUAUUGUGGGGAAUUUUGUGGUGGCGUUUGGCUAUGAGUAUAAGUGGGAUUGGAAGAUAAUCGUCCUAAUCGGCUACACCUGCGCCGGAAUCCAAGUCGCGGCCCUCCCCGCAAUUGUCAGCACAUACGCGGUAGACAGCUACAAGCCCGUCGCGGGCUCGAUCUUCGUGACGAUCACGGUGAACAAGAACCUGUGGGGGUACGGGUUCAGCGAGUUCAUCACAAAAUGGAUUGAGGCGGACGGGUUCGUCAAGCCGAUUAUGCUGAAUACGGGGCUUACGGUGUUGUGGUGUCUGUGUGCGGUGCCGUUUUAUGUUUGGGGGAAGAGGGUGCGCAGGUGGACGGCCAAGUCGUCGGUUCAUGAUAUGUAG